UUUUACCUUUCCUUUCCUUUCCUUUCCCUCCCUUCGAGAAAACCUCAUCGUCCAUGUGAGAUUCUUCGUGCACGCCGUCUUCAAUGGACCCCAUCGAGCCCGUCAACGGCUCGCCCGAUCCCCACGAAGGCCAGCCACCGUCGGCCACGCCCUCCCCCGGACCGACGUCAUACCCCCGACAACGUGCGGCCUCGCUGCGUUCUCGCCGCCCGUCCAUUCGCCUCCAACGCCUGCCCUCGUUUGAACAGGCGACUUUGUCCACACCCCGGUCACAGCCAUCGCAACAAAAUGGCGAUACCAGCAGAACUGCUGGUGUCGCUCUGUCCCCUCUUCCUUCCAUCCCAGCAGCUUCCGCUGAAGACGAGUCAUGGCAGGGCAACCGCCGUCGCAGCAACUCGGAGCCCCGACCUGGGCGAUGGUCUACGCCCAACCCGGCUGCUCUGGCACGGGUGACCACGGGCGGUCAGAUGCGCCCGGUGCAAGAGGAGGCGUCGAGCCCGAUCGUUUCCUCCACAUCAAACCAACGAAUGCCGGAGGAUGUCCCUCCGCUACCAGAGAUACCGAGACGGGGGAGUCGAACCCCCAUGCGAUGGGCAAGUGGAGUGGGUGGAAACCGGUUCACGCGCAAUCGCGCGUCGACGGUCAGUGGAAGUGUCCCGGCUCAAAACCAUGAGGUGGACGACGAAUAUCGCUCUCAUAUUGUUGAUGUCCUGGACGUCAUCGAUCCGGAAGUGUCGGCCUUAUCUACCCUUACGAAUGUUCAGAAUUCGUUGUUCAUCCCUAAUCUAGGGCCUUUGUUGAAUCGCAACCAGACUUAUACGCUCUCACCGCCAUCGCCUAUGAGAGAACUGGAAUCAACAAGUGACGAGGAACGAGCGGAUGAGAUAAAGGAGCCUGAAGUUCGUCCAUCUGUGGAGCAUACCCUUACGUCUGUUAUCGGCGAGGGGGAGGAGCCUCGGUUUGCUGUGCUGCCUGAGGGGAGCAACCUUGCGGGCUGGAGCCCGGAAGAAAUCGAAGAGCUUAAUGACCAUGUCCGGCACAUGCUGCAUUCCCGACGAUCAAAGUUCAAGCGUUCGAUGAAGGGGUUUAGAAAAUAUGUAUCAAAGCCUCUUGGAUUUCUGGUUACUCUAUAUGCCACACUCAUCACACUUUUUGGUCUUGCCUGGGUACUCUUCCUCAUUGGCUGGAUCAACGUCGGAGGCAGGCAGUCCUACAUUAUUAACGUCAUCGACAACGUCCUUGUCGCACUAUUUGCAAUCAUGGGUGACGGGCUGGCCCCGUUCAGAGCCAUCGACACCUACCACAUGAUCUUCGUAGCUCGAUACACGUUCCUGACAUGGAAGAUCCGGCGCAAACGACACCUUCCCGAUCUCAAGAACAAGAACGACCUUCCAUCACGACGAGAAACAGAUGUCGACGUCGAACUCGGCGACACCCCGAAGGGUGAAGAAUACGAAUUCACCGUCCUCGAUCCCGUGAGACAACUAAAGCUCAUCCACCAUCAAAACAAGCUCUCUAAAUCCCACACCUUCUACAAGCCCCACGAAACCUUCACCCACUACGCCUUCCCCAUGCGCCUCCUCAUCGCCAUCGUCGUCCUUCUCGACUGCCACUCCCUAUUCCAAAUCGCCCUAGGCACCUGCACUUGGGCCAUCAGCUACCACGUCCGCCCCUUCGCCCUAACCACCGUCAUCCUCUGCUGCUCUAUCUGCUGUAACAUCACCGGCGGUGUCCUCAUCAUGAUCGGCGACCGCAUGACUCGCAAGAAAGACGUCGUCGAGCGUCUCUUCCGUCAGCAAUUAACCGAAGAAGCAAUGAAGAAGAUCCGAAAGAAGAAGCGGAAAGAAGAAGAGAGACGCAACGCUGAGAAUAGCGGCGUGUCACGUUCCCAUUCUAUCUCUUCCCAGCGAAAGCUGUCACUUUCACAGCCGAGAGAAGACGAGUAUGAAUCAUAAGACGCUAUUCAGUUCAGAAGCACACGCACAUCCAUCUUGUUUGCUUGCACGUUUCACGACCUUUACGAUGACCCCAUAUAUGUUAGUUAUUAUCAAUGAUAUCCCCAGCACCCUUAUUGCUCUUGCCCUUUUAUUUCUGUUUAUAUAUCUGCUUCCACCGAACAAAAACACGAUGUUCGGUUCGAUUUCGUCAAUAGAUGAUUUGAUGGAUGGCGUUUUGUACUACUAUCAUAUUUAUAUAUAUGUCAAGUGUAUAUAAUAUUACGAGCAGAUUGCUUGCUUGCUUGCUCUUCCU